UUAAAUUAUCAGAUGUCAUGGCUGAACAUUCGUGUUGAACAAAUGUUGAGCUUAUUGGUAUAUGAAAAACAAAUAUGCUUAAAAACUACUCUAACUAAAGUCAAAGGUGGCAGAUCAAACAACGUUUUGACAACUGAAGUUUAUGAUAUUAUUGGCUUCUUUUCCAAUCUUCCUUUUCUUUUGACAAUUCCUUUGGAAGUAAUCGCAAUAACGGUAUUUUUAUAUUCUUUAUUGGGAGUGUCUAGUAUUGCUGGCGUGGUAAUGAUGAUGGCAUGCCUUUGGUAUAAUAAAAGCGGGUCAAAAGAGCCAGAAGCGGCAGAGUUAGUGAAAUUUUUUGAAGUGAUUCGCACGAUCAAAAUGUUAGCUUGGGAGCGCAGUUUUCACGAUAAAUUAAUGCUUUCGCGUCAAAUUGAACUUGAUCAACUUCAACAUUUCUUCUGGCGUACAACCUUGCUUACAUUAUUAGUUCACCUUACACAAUUCUUCGUGACAUUGCUUACAUUCACUUUUUAUACGAUUAUAUUUGACAACCAAUUAACAGCUCCUGUAGUUUUCACGAGCCUUAUGUUAUUUAACAUAUUGAAGCAGUCAAUGCAAAUUUAUCCAGAUUUGAUAGUUGACCUUAAGGCACUUGUGGUCUCCGUAGGGCGUAUAGAAAAGUUUCAAGAUGAAAUAGAGAUUCAAAAGCCCUCUAGUUCAGAUUCUAUGGUUACCAAUAUUGGUUUUACUGGUGUUAAUGUGGCUUGGAAGGAUGAUAUCAUUCGAAGUCCUAAUGAAUUUAUAUUAAAAAAUGUAAAUUUAAAGUUUCCUAUCGGAACACUAAGCCUUGUUUGCGGGCAUAAAUCUUCUGGAAAAACGCUCCUUUUACUUUCACUUCUUCGUGAAACAUCAUUGCUGUGUGGUACUAUCCAUUUUCCUAUAACAAAAGUUGCUUAUGUUCCUCAGCAACCAUGGUUGGAAAAUUCAACUAUACGAGAAAAUAUAUUAUUUGGCUCCAAUUUCGAAGAUGAGCGCUAUUGGAAGGUUGUUGAUGCAUGUUGUUUGCUUAAAGAUUUUGAGAACAUGGAACAAGCCGAUUUCACUGAGUAUAAUGAUAAAGAUUUAGUACUAAGUGAUGAACAAAAAGCUCGUGUGGCACUAGCAAGAGCACUAUAUAGUGAUGCGCGAAUCCUACUACUAGAUGAUUUUUUGUCGAUUAUGGACUCAACUACAGCGCGUCAAAUAAUUAACAACUGUAUAAAAGGUCCAUUUAUUGCUGGACGAACUGUGAUUAUUGUAACAUACUAUAUUCGAGAUCUUUUGGAUAUUUCUGAUUAUAUAGUAAUACUCUGUGGUGGGACUGUUAUAGCUGAAGGAACUUCUGGGCAAAUGACGGAUUCUGAAGCUUUAGCCAAUGAAAUGUUUAGAACAAAUGCAGAUGCUAAACAUGGUCAGAUAGAUACAAUUACACAAAAUUCAUUUAAUCAAACGGUUGAAAAAUAUGAUAAGAAAAUUUGGACAACAAAUGAAGUGCAUAGUCAAGUAAAAGACCCGUUCAAUCUUUAUUAUUUUUACAUCAAAUCUAGUGGAGGUUUAUUGCUUUGGACCAUACUUAUUCUUCUGUUAAUUGUAAUUCGAGUUCUAACAAUUGGUGAAACCUAUUGGUUGAAAGAAUGGUCAGACCCUAACUCAUCAUUAUUUGAGCCGUUAUAUGAUUAUGUUCAAAUACGUUUCGUAUCUAUAUAUAUUUUAAUUGCCUCAGUAGCAGCACUUUUUAUAAUUUUCCGUAUGGCAUUUCAACUUUUAGUUUCGUUUAAAGGUUCAAAAACCCUAUUUUCCAAGCUUCUUAAUGCUAUUUUGAACGCGCCCUUUACAUUUUUCGAUACUGUUCCCCUUGGAAAAGUAAUGAAUCGCUUUUCAAAAGAUCUAGUUGCACUAUGUCUUGUAAUUAGUAGCGCGUAUAUUAACGUUUCAAGAGAAUUAAAACGCCUUCAGUCCAUUACUCGUUCGCCUGUUGUCUCAUGGUUCAAUGAAACAAAUAUAGGUAUUACAACUAUUAGAGCAUUUGCUGCCGAGCAUCGAUUUGUUAAAAAAUUCACUGACCGUUUAAAUACAUCCAAUCGGACUACCUACCUUCUUCAUAUGUCUAAUCGGUGGAUGCAUGUUCGCAUUGGCAGUACAGGCGCCUUGGCAUCUUAUUGUGUUGGUAUUUUUAUCCUAUGGCAGUAUGCUAAUAUUGAUGCUAGUUUGGCUGGUUUUUGUAUGAUUUAUGCGCUUGGAUUUGCGCCUAUCGUGGCC